AUGAUUCUCAAGCAACGCACGCACUUUGUCAGCAUCCGCCCAGGAGUCACGGAUCUGAUCAUUGUGGAACGUGGUCUUGUCGAUCCAGAGCCUGACAUGACAGAUACCGGACCCUUGAGUAUACGGGGACAGAUCCUGCGGAUCUCGAGUGGUGAGGGCCAGAUUGGGACGAUCUACAUGUGGAAGAUUAUGACCGACUCUUGGUACAACAAUGUCCAUCGCUGCUGA